AAGAUUUGUGCUGUUUUUUUAGCGUACAGUACGACGUUAAUACUGGUUGUAGAGUAAGGUGGUACGUUAUAUCACUGUACUCCGUUACACGAGACACCAACACGAGGUUCUCUGGUGCAAUAAGGACCAGCUACAACAACCUCCAUCCGUUUGAGCCGUUUCUGGGUAUAAUUUGGAGCGGAUUAUCAAAGAAAACCUUCUCACAUGUGGUAUUGUGUGUAAGAACGUAUCACGUAAUAUCGGCCUUAGUAUCAACUGGCGCGUGGAUUUGUUCUCUGUGGCCACGAGAUCUAGAAGAACCUCCUCUGUGUUACAGGUACACAUGGCGGGAUUAACCCAGCAUCAUCAACCGGAAUACUGCAGCUUAUUGUAACGCGCGCGUGCCACUCUUCCAAGUGCAAUCGAUUUGUAAUCAGUGAUGGUCUUCUCAAAUGAGCAAAAAUAUAUUUCACAAGACGUGCAAUGGACAUGUGAAGCGUUAGGGUAUCCGUGAGGCACAUCAAGUACUUUAAUACCUAGAGCACAGAGGUGAUAAUCUUUUAACCGGAGGCAUGAAAGCUUUCACAAGACCAGUGCGUCACAUCGCUUGGAUGACCCGGAUGUAAAUAGUAGAAAAAUACAGACCGGUAAUAUUACAGUGUACGUGUGGUUAGCAGACGUAUACAGUUAGUGGAGGUCAAGUGAGCAAGCACGUCCGGUCUGAUCGAGGGAUAAAUGUCAAUAAUAUCGGAGGUUUGUGUUACAUCAGUGUUACUUUGGAUUAUUACAUAACAUAGUGAACAUGCAGAACCAUUCGUGUAACAGUGACAGCGAGAUGAUGGACAUGGCGACAAGACAAAUCAACGCCACGGAAUCCAAUGAGCUGCUCAAUGGAAAUGAAAUGAAGGUGAGGUAUCAGACAAAUGGCAGUGACUCGUAUUUGUUUGAGAUGACAAAGUUUGACCGGACGGACUCGGAGGACGACAUCCUGGAGGAUUACAGCGACGACUGUAACUGUUCGUCUCGUCUUCAUUGUAUCAAGAGUCGAACAGCUCUUGAAAAAUGUCUCUUCGUCUUUUCACUCAUCGGUCUCAUCAUCAUCAUCGUCCUGGCCGCCUGUCUUGGAUCCAAAACGCCACCUCCAGGAAUGUCGAUAUGUGAGACACAGGAUUGUAUUGAAGUGUCCAGUUCCGUCCUGACGUCCAUGGACAGAAGUGCCGACCCAUGUCAGGAUUUCUAUCAGUACUCAUGUGGGGGCUGGGAGAAAAACAACCCGGCACCACCGGGGUACCUCAUGUGGGACCGGUUCCAACAGCUUUCAUACACAAACCUGUACAGAAUCAAAGCAAUACUAGAUGAUCGAACGAUGACGACAUCGUCCGAGAAGAAAACCAAACAGUUCUACGACAGUUGCAUGGCAGAAAGCAAGCUGAAUCGGCUCCGGACACUAAGUGACUUCCGGUCCCUUGUAAAGAAUAUUACUGACGCAGCAAACGGAACCCUAGGGGUUCUUCUGGAAUCCGUCCAUGGUCUGAAUGCAUGGCCCUUAUUUUCUGUCCUGGUCGGCACGGACGAUCUCAACCCAGACAAAAAUGUCGUCAAGAUUGACAUAGGCGAUCACAAAUAUCCUCUUCGUGUAAAAGAGGUGCCGAUUCCGUCCACUACGCCUGCGCCAAAUAUAAACAGCUCUGUGGCCCCGCCCAGUAACCAUGCCGGAUAUGCUGUUAUCAACGAUCCUCCUACUCAAAGCAAGACUCAGUACCUACAAUGGAACUCUACCGAGGUGGAGAAGAACUAUCUCCAAGAAACUAUCCGGAUUUUAAAAGUGAUAUGGAAUAUGUCGGAUGCUGACGCUUCCACCAUGGCGAAAGAAUUAUUGGAAAUCGAAAAGGCCAUUACUAAGACAUAUGAAAACAACAACAACAAUGACAAUCAGACGACGCCUGUGCCGAUGAAAAUAGUCGACCUAGAAACAUCAUGUAGCAUGAUUGAGUGGCCUAUGUACCUGACUGUUUUAACAAAGAAUACCGGGGAGGUUUCAAGCACAGACAAUGUGGUCCUGCUGGAGAGAGGCAGCCUCCUCAGAACAUGUGCUCUAGUUGAUACCUAUAAAAAGGACGCCAACAAAUUUAAAUUACUACAGAGAUAUAUCAUGGUACACCUCAUCAGCCAUCUGAUGCCAUAUUUUGAAGCUGACACAUUUGAGCCAGACCUUGACUACGCUGUUGAACUGGAGAUAGAUGGCGAACACUGGAGACGGUGUGUCCAUUACACUAAUAAAGCUUUGGGGUUUGUUACUGGAAGUCUGUACGUGAAUGGCAUGGGCAAACACACUUCCGUCAAUAAGAUCAAACAGAUUGUACAAGACGUGAAAUUAGCAUUUAAAGAUUAUCUUCUCCGUAAGAUAUGGCUGGACCCAUCAACAAAGAAAGAGGCAUCUCAGAAGCUUGAUGAAAUGCUGGAAAAAAUAAGUUACCCCGAAUAUAUCUUGAAAUCUGAGUUCCUGGACAAGUAUUAUACACAGUUAAAUAUCGGCAAUGAUUGGUUUGUAAACGUACAAAGAUGGCAGGAGUUCCAAGUUAAAAAGAUGAUGUCACUACUGAGCAAAGUACCCGACCGGUCCAGCUGGAUUAAUCCACCAAUCACCGUUGAGUCAGACUAUUCACCUGUGAGAAACGACGUCAUCUUUCCGAUAGCAUUAUUUCAUCUUCCAUUUUACACAGAAGCGGGUCCUCCAGCUUUCAAUUUUGGUGCCAUAGGAUCGGUUAUAGGACACGAAAUAACGCACGCGUUUGACAUUAAAGGACGACGAUAUGACGGUAAGGGUCGCCUCAGGGAGUGGUGGGAUCCUAUGACAGCCGAUAGGUUUAAACUCACAACCAAGUGCAUGAAGUCACAGUACGACGCGUACACCUAUCAAGGUUUCCAGAUCAAUGGUAAUAACACGCUGGACGAGAACAUUGCAGACAAUGGCGGACUACGUGCAGCUUUUAUCGCAUAUCAACUUUGGGAACGACAACAUGGAAAAGAUCAUCAUGUUCCGGGAUUGAACAUGACGAACAGACAGCUGUUCUUUGUCAGUUAUGCGCAGAUGUUCUGUUCUAAAUGGAAGAAGGAUGGAUUAAUUGGACAUCUAAUUGACGAUCCACACAGUCCGGGUCCAAUACGGGUACGUGGUAGUGUGUCAAAUACGGAGGCGUUUGCCGAGGAAUUUAACUGUCCAUUUGUGGCGAACUAUAACCCAACAACGAAGUGCGAGGUGUGGUGAUCCUGAUGUCGCCGUUCGGUAUCACGUGACCCUUUUGUUGAAGCCUAGUACCACGCGACCCUAAAUUCACCACUUGGUUUAACGUGACCCAAAUGUUGUCUCGAAGUGUCAAGUUAACCAAAUAUUGCUAACUGGUAUCAAGUGACCUUAAUGUGGUCGCUGUGUGUCACGUGACACUGACGUUGUCUCUGAGUGCCAUGUGACCCUGGGCACGUGUGGGAAAUGUGUUCUGUGGCUGUGUCGCAGUCCUGUACGGAACUGUGCUGAUCGUCCAUUCCUAGAAGCCACUUUUACACACAGAUUGAAGAAUGUUGUAAAAGACCUUGUUUUCAUAAGUUUCGUCUUACUUGGUUUCCAAAUAUUACAACAUCAAUACAGUAAAUUCUUGUAUUUUCAAACAUUUUAUAACAAUUACUUUGUAUUGUUUAUGUUGGUAGAUAGUAUUAUCCGUUAAACGUAAGACGUGAAAAAGAGUACCUGACUGUAUUAAUUUGUAUUUGUAUUUCAUUCCUGUUUUCGUUAACAAUGGAUAACUAAGUUCGAAACCGAUGAAAAUAUUUGUCUACACGACCAUUCAAGAAUGAUGUGGUAAUAUGAUGCUAUCGUUCUACAAUACAUGUGAUGUACAUUCCAAAACAUUGGUGCCUUACGCUCUCGUACUUUAUGCGUGAUGGACGUCGCUAAGUAGAUACAGCUAGUCUGGUUACGGUUUUUUGAAAUCCCCGCACCAAUGUCGGAAUCGAGCGCACAGUGUGAUGUCCAUGGUUUACAAACCAGUGACAUCAUUUUGAUUGUCUUAUAUCCAAAUUUCAGUUUUGCAUGCUUCAUAAGCAUGGAUUCCGCUUUUUAUCAAAUAUGCUUAAGAUGGUUUCAUAAUUACAGUAUUGAAUGAUCUUAUUACGGUUGUAAACAAUAAGAACAAUAGUAUAUUUUCUUUUCAAAUUUCACAAUAGAAUGCUUGAAAAGAUAUCCAAAACCAAAAUUGGCAGCAAAUGUGAUGAACACAUAAGCAUUAACAUAAACAAAAAAUUCUUGAACAAAAAUCCACACAAUAACAAAUAGUUGUUUUUGUACUUUGUAUUAUAGUAUGCCUUUACAUUUGUAUCGCUACACAUAUAUGUAGCUACUAGCUUGCAAGCGAGCACUAACGAUCUCUGCAUUGUCAUUUUGGUUGAAAUAUUGCAACACAAUUUGUAAUUGUUUUGUAAAUUUAGCCUGCAUUUUUCAUUUUCAUUGAGUAUUGGCAAACGUUUUUGAUAUCUGUGACCUUUUUGAAAAUCGCACAUAUUCUUAUGGUAACGACCACAUGCCACAUUAUGUAUUAGGUACAGGCUAGCUUGUUCUUUGAUUGAAUCAGUAUACUUGUAGUGCUGCUUCAACAAUAUUGAUAGGAAAAGGACGCGUAUAUUUGUUACUGAAUUGGUGCCAAAGGAGGAAAUACAUUUAUCUUCAGCAUAUGAAUAGUAGGGGAAGACAACUUUCCCAAUCCGUGUUGCUAGCUUUGUUUAUAUAUUAGUUAUAUUCCUACCUUUGUCUUUCUUUCACAAUCAUGAUAGGUAACACAACGAAAAUAUAUAAACACAUCCUGGAGUUUAGUUUAUACGCGUAGCUAACAAUAUCAAAUGUGGAUGUAAGUUAUUAUGUUACGAUAAAACCAUAUAUUUAUUAGUAUAUAUAAAGUUUUAUUCCUGGAGACAGCCAAUCGUUGACACUUCUAAGCAUACAAUUCUACACUGUGAAGGAACACUUUAUUUAUCUGAAAUGACUCAGAAACAAACAUCAUCCAAGUCCAUUAAAGAGGGUUUAUUCGGUUUUGAUGAUUAUUGAUAAAACUGUCAAUAAGUUGUUAUAGCUAUAAAGAUAUUUAUUGUUGUAAUUUAUCCACUUUAUAAAUAAUAAACAUCAGAAAUAGCACGACGAUUUGCAAUUUAUCCACUUUAUAAAUAAUCAACAUCAGAAAUAACUCGACUGUUUGUUAUUUAUCCACUUUAUAAAUAAUAGACAUCAGAAAUAACACGACGAUUUGUAAUUUGUCCACUUUAUAAAUAAUAAACAUCAGAAAUAACACGACGAUUUGCAACACGCUUGUCUGUGAGAAAUGCACACGUACUAUAUGAUCAAAAUAGUAUUUACACAAUUCAUCUACAAUUGUAUUAUAAGUAACGUAAUGAAUCUCAUGUCUCACUCCACACAUUGUUAUCAUAUUUAACAUAAUUUUGUAUUGUACAUAUACAUAUUUUUACAUCUUUUGCACAGUUUCCUAUAUGCACUUUUUAUUUAGAGAUUGAAUUGAUUUCAUGAAAUAUUUUCCAAUGACUUGAUGUGUUUCAAUGAUUGUGAAUGGAUGAAGCGAGUGUGUUUUAACAUGCUUUAGAAGGUUGUAUUUUUAAAGCAUGAUAAAGAUUUAUGAGGUGAAAUAAAAGUAUAAUGGACGGAAUUGUGUGACAUAUUCAUGAAGCACGAUGAUUGACAUUUAGGGAUAAAUACUGCCUUACUAUGAAUGCAUGUCUUUAACGAAAGAGUUCCGCGUGUACCAAUUAAAUUAACCCUUUCACCACUGUAGACCAUAAUGGACUCGAACAGAUCAAUGCAUGGUAGAAUCUACUAAAGUUACAUUGGGGUGAAAGGGUUUAGAACCCUGUAUAAUUUUUGACAAAUACGAACUAUUGUUAAUGCUGGAUUACUAAUUGAUGCCACAUUAAAAUAGGCUAAAUGAAUGCAUGCAUUGAUAACAUUCAGUUCAAUCUUUCUGACAUUAUUGGAUGAUGCCAAUAAAAGAUUUCUAAGAAAAAGGGAAAUAACUCCAACGCAAAUAACAGAUAAAAUGUACAAGGUAGCAUAAAACGUUAGCGUGUCUACGUGAAGGAUGCAUAUUCCUGAGCAUUUACAUGAGUGGUAAAACAAUAUUACCUUUACAAUAAACCAGGUCUUAAUAAUUUGGCAAAAAUGGAAUCGACUUGGAUAGCGCUGUAAAUUAAGCUAUCGCGUUUGAACACAUUUUCCAAGGUUAAGUUUCAUUACUUAGUUGUCAGAAUAUGAGUUAGUAUUCAUGUGACUAAUACCUGAAAAGAAUACGGUUUCGUUCUUUCCGGAGUAGCAACUUUCGCUAUAAUACUGGUAUAUUAUUACAUGUUACUUUUAUCAAUACUUGAUUGUAUAUGCAAUCUAUAAAUGAUUGUUUCGCAAAUGUGUAUUGUUAACGUCAUCUUGGAGACGGAAUAUAGAUGUUAUUGUGUCAAUUUAUAAACACGCUUUUAAAUAAUGCUGUAUUAAAUGUGUGAUUUUAUCAUCUCUUACGAGAUAAAUAUUCUCUUAUUAAAAAUGUGUAAUUAAUCUAUAAGUGAGCACGUGUUUCGUUAAUCUAUAUUUCAGUACGUGCAACGUUAAUCUCUAACAAAACACGUAUGGGGCUACAUUUUUAACUGACCACACAUGAAUUGUUUAUUAACAAACGAUCAUGUGUAUAGUUAAUUUAUACUUGAGCACGUGUUCCAUUAAAUAUUAUUUAAGAAAUGAUUGUGUACAUCGAUAAAACCAUCAUUUUUUGACAAGUGCUUGAUAAUUCUGUAAUUCCCUUUUUAAUUUAGUGUUUCGUCAUUCUUGUAACGUUCUUUUACUGUGUAUGAUUACAAAUAAAUUAACCACGUUUGGUUUCACGAUGCAUUAAACAAAUAAAAUUGAAAAAUGUUGACAAACCUCCUAACUUGAAAAGUUAAAUAUAUCAUUUUUAACAUUCCGACAUGCCAAUUACUUAAGUUAACUGGUUCUAGAUAAUGUCGACGCAGAACUUGCUUCAACUUUAAAAUACACUUGACAUACGAUCAAACAGUUGUGUUCACAGGGGUAGUUACAUGUAGUUGACUUCAUAACAAAACGUUUAUCAUGCAUCACAAUAUAUUAGCACUAUUGGUGAUUUAUGUUCAUUUUCUUAACUUUCUCUUCUUCGUGUUUUUGAAGUACAAUAUUAUGAGCUGUUUGUAUUGGUAUGUUGAGAAAUGAUGGUACUUAGAAUAGUGGUGCUCUCUCUUUAACAAUACACGUCUUUAUCAUCUUCGGUUUUCCGAAGAAAUACCGUUAAUAUUCGCCAUUGUUACAUUUACUGUAGAAAACGCUGGUUAUAAGCCAACAAAGGUAAUGUGAGGUUUAUACAAAAUCACUUGCAUAGGCGCCCCAGAUGUUUAAACAUGUAACCAAUGCAUAUCGACAGUUUACAAGAAACGCAUAGCUCUUAGUGUUAGUAUAGGUCGACAGUGUCUUAUCCGGGCGUCGUCUGUGAGAAAAUGCAGUAUCAUAGAAAAUGGCAGUUACUUCUCACUGUAAAAUCAAAUGUGAAGCUCCAGAUCAGUUGAUACCCAAAUAUUUUCUAAUUUCGAUAAGUAAUAAAUUUAAUAUAAAUUUGGUUAGUAUAUGUUUUAUUUUACAGAAUGGAUUCUAAAUAAUGCAGCCAUCUUUGUAUGCAGUGUGAGAAACCUGGAUUACUGUGUUUUUUCAAAUAUGAAAAACCCAAGUUGUCCCCUAAAGCUCGUGCGUUACAUCGAGACAAACGGGUCUGUUGUGGCGGGACAUUGGGGACGACCGAAUGUGUGGCAGUUACAUGUAUGGUGCUUGAAUAUAUUCUAUAAGGCCAAUUGUACUUUCAAACUACUGAACAAUAAUUUGAUUUUGAUAUUUGUUGUAAGGAAUCCCCUAUUAGCGAUAAUUAUAUAGUGAAUACAAACAAUGGUCCUAUAUAUACUUUGCAACUUUGUAAAUUAAGGAAUUCAUAUUUUUUAACACAAGAAUAAAUACGAAACUCCAAUUAUAGUUUAACUUGAGUAAGUGUAUGUGUAAAUGAUAUGGCUGGGCAUAUGUUAAUUAAAUAUAAUAAGGAUUGACAAAUAUUUGCGACGGAUGAAAACAUAUUUUUAAUUUAAUCAUGUAGAAUGCAAGGACGGUUGAUUGUCUCUAUGAAUUCUUCAAUGUGAUAUUUUUCUUUGAGAUAUAAACAUGCUGUAAGCAGGUCGAUGACACGGUUGUGAAUUAUAUGAACGAUUAUUGUUCUUGUGAGUAUAUGUUGAUGUAUUACUCUGAUGAAUGGAAGUCUGGUGAGAAUGUACACACAAUUGUAUUCAUUGUAUCUACGCUAUGAUCAACUGAAUAAAAUUUCUAAUUUUUCAUCGAU